GGCGGCGGGGGGCGGCCCGGCCCUGCCCGCUGGCCCGCCCCUUCCGCUGCGGAGCCCUCAUUGCCCGAGCCCUGUUUGCUCGCGCCCCGGACGGCAGCGCUCCUCUCCUCUCACCGCUCUGAGCCUCGCCGAACACCAUGGCAACGCUGAAGGAGAAGCUGAUCACCCCCAUCGCCGCGGCAGCCACCGUCCCCAACAACAAGAUAACCGUUGUGGGGGUUGGACAGGUUGGCAUGGCCUGUGCCAUCAGCAUCCUCACAAAGGAUCUUUGUGAUGAGCUUGCUCUGGUUGAUGUUUUGGAAGACAAACUAAAAGGAGAAAUGAUGGAUCUACAGCAUGGCAGCCUGUUCCUUCACACUCACAAGAUUGUGGCAGGCAAAGACUAUGCUGUCACAGCCAACUCCAGGAUUGUGGUAGUAACUGCAGGAGUUCGUCAGCAAGAGGGUGAGAGUCGUCUCAACCUGGUUCAGAGGAACGUGAAUGUCUUCAAACACAUCAUUCCUCAGAUUGUUAAGCACAGUCCCAACUGCAUCAUCCUGGUGGUUUCCAACCCAGUGGAUAUAUUAACCUAUGUCACAUGGAAGCUGAGUGGCCUGCCAAAACACCGUGUGAUUGGAAGUGGCUGCAAUCUAGACACAGCAAGAUUUCGCUAUCUGAUGUCUGAGAGACUUGGUAUCCACCCAGCCAGCUGCCAUGGCUGGAUCUUGGGAGAACAUGGUGAUUCUAGUGUGGCUGUUUGGAGCGGAGUUAAUGUGGCAGGCGUUUCUCUCCAGGAGCUGAAUCCUGCCAUGGGAACUGACAAAGAUGGCGAGAACUGGAAGGAAGUCCACAAGCAAGUGGUUGAAAGUGCCUAUGAGGUAAUCAAACUUAAGGGAUACACAAACUGGGCUAUUGGCCUUAGUGUUGCUGACCUCUGUGAGACCAUGCUGAAGAACUUGUGCCGCGUUCAUUCAGUCUCAACACUGGUAAAGGGCAUGUAUGGUGUUGAGAAUGAUGUCUUCUUGAGCCUUCCUGCUGUCUUAAAUUCCUCUGGAUUGACAAGUGUUAUUAACCAAAAGCUGAAGGAUGAUGAGGUGGCUCAGCUGAAGAAGAGUGCAGAUACACUGUGGAACAUCCAGAAAGACCUCAAAGAUCUGUAACUCAUGAGUGUUAGAUUCCGGUAACAGAAAAACAGCAUGUUGUGUGUGAAUACACAUCCUUAUGGUUAACAUUUAAUGCUCUUCCAGACUGAGCUUUGUCCACAGUAGCUAUACUUUUGCUUGCUGUAACGCACAGGCCUUAUGAACAAAUAAAGCGACCUUCAAGCAUG